AUGCACAAGUUGCAUAUACACGAGCAUACGCUGGCCGUGCGACAGGAGGAUGAAGUAUCACAAGUGGAUGUCCAUACCUUCGAAACGGGUAACGAGUUUAACUUCACAGCCACCAAGAUAAGCUCCCAUUCAGGAAGCAAGACUAGCCAAAAACUGAUUGAGACUUCGGCCUCGGACGGGUCUUCAGUCCUUCUGUGCAUCGAUCUCUUGUUGGCAUACAAAGCCCUGUACGAUCUUUCUCAACCUGGCAUCCUCGGUCAUCGACUGGAUCACACCUAUAGAUAUCACUAG